CACAAUAUAUAUAAAGAGAGAGAAGGGCAUUAACUCAAUACAACAACCAUGAGAUCCGUCCGGUCCAUUUCAUUCAUCACCGCCGUCGCCGUCUUCGUCCUCACCGUCGGCUCAUCGACGGUGACGGAGGAUAACGCGCUCAGCGCCUACGAUGUCCUGAAGCAGUACAAUUUCCCAGUAGGAAUUUUACCAAAAGGAGUAAUAGGAUACGAGAUCAAUCGUAACAGCGGAAAGUUCAAGGUUUAUCUUAAGGAGACUUGUAGUUUCAGCAUCGAAGGAUAUGAUCUGAAAUAUAAAUCAACUAUCACAGGGACUAUAAUCCAAGGACGGAUCUACGAUUUGAAAGGGAUCAGCGUUAACGUGGUGAUAUUUUGGUGGAACAUUCAGGAGGUUCGUCGCGACGGGGAUAAGCUACAGCUGUCAGUCGGGAUCGCAUCGGCUAGCUUCUCCGUCGAUGAAUUCAAUGAAAGUCCGCAGUGUGGAUGUGGAUUUGAUUGCUUGAACGGCGGAGAAAGGAAGAAGACGACGGCGAAGAAAUUGAAUCGAUUGAUUUCUUUGUUUCUGGAUUGACUGUAGUAAAAAAAACUCAAGAAAGGUCUGUAAUUUCAGUA